CCGAAUGGCGAAAGAAGAGAAUGGUGCGUGAUUGGCAUAAAAAUCACAAAAAGACAUACUUGAGAACUCUUUCUUAAAGUUAUAUUAUUGUAUAGUGCUUGUGUAAAGUAGUAAUAAUACCAGUACUUCAACUCUUGCCAGCGCGUCCUUGCGAGAAGUUUGCAUUGUGACGCCUAUUCCUCCCUGCAAACUACCCCGCGACCUUCCUGACAAAAGUUAUCUUAUCGUACGCGUGCCAAAUUUGUUUGUGUACCCGCGUGUGUAGUAUAUUUUGGUACCGUCGCUUGUUUUGAUUCCGUCGUCAGUGGACGCUUUUAUAAUAAAAACAAUACAGGCAAUUCCGAUUGCCCAGCAGAGUUUGUAAAUCUGGACAAAAACUUAUCGUAAGUCAACGAAGAUGUCUGACAAAUGGAUCGGCAAGUCCGUGUCGAUACACUGCCGCGAUGAUAUCGGCGUAUUCCAAGGCAUCAUCAAGCGGGUCACACCUGCCGAGGUGGUCAUUACGAAGGCUGUCCGCAAUGGCAUACCGUUGAAGAAGAACAGCGUGGAGGUGUCGCUAAGUGCGCGCGACAUUGUAAAGUUCGACCUGAUCUCGUGGAGCAACGUUCCUAGCAUACCGCUGAAACCGGUGGCAACCGUUGCUGCCAACUCGGGCAUGGUUACCUCCCUGGAUGACCAAUUCGAUGGGAUGACGUUGAUGAACAAUGGCAAGCAGCACCAUCAGCUGCAGCAGCAGCCCCAACCGCAACCGUUUCAUAACGGUACCGGAAGUGCAUUCAAGUUGGCCAGUAAAUCGCCAGGUCCCAUCAAGUAUGCCAACAACACAAACCCCGUAUCGCAGAACAAAGGGGACAAUGGUGGGUCGAUCAAGAGCACCAGCCAUCCGAUCGACAUUAACGGGUCGGCCUCCAAGUCUAACCACGUGGUAGCUAACUCGAUGGCUACAAGUGCAACGAUCGGCUCGUUCUUCAAUGGACGACCGAUGGCGAUGAGCCAGUCGUUGCCGUAUGCGGAGGGCAGUGCUAAAAAGAAUCCCACCAACGGAAAGGUGUCUCGUAGCAGAAAGAAUCUUGCCAAGGACAGCACGUUCGGUUCGCCUGACGACGAUCCGCUUCUGAUGGACGAAGAGUUUGACUUCGAGAAGAACCUGGCGCUGUUCGACAAACAGGCUAUCUGGAACGAAAUUGACGCAAUUCAAACGAAGGCUUCGGAAGGGGAGAAGAAGCAACGGCAGGCACCCAACUCGGCGGCCAAAACGAAGUACAGACACGACGAGAACGUGCUUGCGUCCACCCCGGCUCAGUACCGGCAGAUUGAGAUCGAAUGCCCGGCAACGGCUCUAGCUAGCCAGGAGUACGUGACGGAUGAGGGACUGGUGAUUCCUUCCGUGCCGGCCACGGUGCGCAACACGGUCGAGCAGCUAGCCGAAGGCAACGGUUUGUCCCGGCAGCGACAGAACGACUUCCUGGCGCGGGGUGCAACGGAGCUUGCGCUACAACUGCUCGGCGGCUCACGACGCCUUACGCCAAACAAUCAGCACCAGUGGCCGAAGAUUGUGGUUGUAUGCGAUGGGACACAAAGUGAACGGUUGAAUGAGGUUGGAUUUUCAACCGCGCGGCAACUCGCCUGCCACGGACUGGAAACGGUUGUGUACGUAUCUUCGGUCACUGAUCCGACGCGUGUCAGCACCGAACUACCUUUGUACAUGGCUACUGGAAAUAAGUUUACCCUUGAUGUUAAUACUCUACCUCCGUGUGAUCUCGUGAUCGCGGCGGUGACCACCCCCAAACUGAGCGAACGGUUACGCACAUGGAUCACGAACAGCCGCGCACCAGUUCUUGCCAUCGAUCCGCCGGGGGCCGGCCUUGAGGGCAUCUCAAUCAAAUGUUCUAUCUUGCCGAUUCUGCCCGUGAACGGAAUCGACGCGAACGACGCUUGCGGACGACUGUACCUGUGCAACAUCGGCAUUCCGAAUCAGUUCUUUAACCGGGCGGGCAUCGCCUAUAAAAGUCCGUUCGAUAAGUUCGUUAUACCGAUUCAUUGACGAAAGGAAGAUUAAUUUUAACCUGCGGAAGAGGCAGUGCACCCUUUCUUGGACCACCAAGAGCGUUUUAAUUUACGAUUCGUUUUUUCUUCUACUUACGACCGUGGACAACGCAACAAGUAAAAAGGAUUAAUAGAUCCUUACCCACCUACGUCCCGCUCGGUACC